GUGGUUCCCCGAGCAGCCAACAGGCGGCGGACUCGCUCCGUUUCUUAACCCACGAAGAAGAGUCACAUUUCCGGUUGCUGAAUUGAUGACGUCUUCCUGGUAAAGCAAGCAGCUGGGAUUUAACAGGCCGAGUAACGCGCGUUACACCUGGACGCUACAUCAAGGUUUCUGUGCCAGCAGAAUUAUUGAACACGCUCAUUAGGGGGGUUUUCCCUCCACACGUCCACACACUCGGCAGUCACUGUGAGGUGCCAAAUCCCUCGCCAUCAUGGUGUUGGCAGACUUGGGGAGGAAGAUCACCUCGGCACUGAGGUCACUCAGCAAUGCCACCAUCAUCAAUGAAGAGGUGCUCAAUGCCAUGUUAAAGGAAGUUUGUGCUGCACUGCUGGAGGCUGAUGUCAACAUCAAGCUGGUCAAACAGCUAAGAGAAAAUGUCAAGGACGCCAUCGAUCUGGAAGAAAUGGCUUCUGGCCUCAACAAGAGGAGGAUGAUCCAGCACGCUGUCUUUAAGGAGCUGGUGAAGCUGGUUGAUCCAGGGGUGAAGGCAUGGACUCCAACAAAAGGAAAAAACAACGUCAUCAUGUUUGUUGGACUGCAGGGCAGUGGCAAAACCACAACAUGCUCGAAGCUGGCAUAUUAUUACCAGAGAAAAGGAUGGAAGACCAGCUUGAUCUGUGCUGACACUUUCAGAGCAGGUGCCUUUGAUCAGCUGAAACAAAAUGCAACAAAAGCCAGAAUCCCCUUCUACGGCAGUUACACGGAGAUGGAUCCAGUGGUCAUUGCAGCUGAAGGUGUGGAAAAGUUCAAAGCAGAAAACUUUGAGAUCAUCAUCGUGGACACAAGUGGGCGACACAAACAGGAAGAGUCUCUGUUUGAGGAGAUGCUUCAAGUGUCAAACGCUGUGCAACCAGACAACAUUGUGUAUGUGAUGGACGCCUCCAUCGGUCAGGCCUGCGAGGCCCAGGCCAAGGCCUUCAAAGAUAAAGUGGACGUCGCUUCCGUCAUCGUCACCAAGUUGGAUGGACACGCUAAAGGAGGUGGAGCCUUGAGCGCUGUGGCGGCCACCAGGAGUCCCAUCAUCUUCAUCGGCACAGGCGAGCACAUCGACGACUUUGAGCCCUUCAAGACACAGCCCUUCAUCAGCAAACUGCUGGGAAUGGGAGACAUUGAAGGAUUGAUCGACAGAGUGAAUGAACUGAAGCUGGACGACAACGAGGAGCUGAUCGACAAACUGAAACACGGCCAGUUUACGCUCAGAGACAUGUACGAGCAGUUCCAGAACAUCAUGAAGAUGGGGCCCUUCGGACAGAUCAUGGGCAUGAUUCCUGGCUUUGGCACGGAUUUCAUGAGCAAAGGAAACGAGCAGGAGUCCAUGGCGCGUCUCAAGAGACUCAUGACGAUCAUGGACAGCAUGAACGACCAGGAGCUGGACAGCAAAGAUGGAGCCAAGCUGUUCAGCAAGCAGCCCAACAGGAUCCAGAGGGUGGCGCGCGGCUCGGGGGUGGCUGCCCGGGACGUGCAGGAGUUGCUGACUCAGUACACCAAGUUUGCCCAGAUGGUGAAGAAGAUGGGUGGCAUCAAAGGGCUCUUCAAAGGAGGGGACAUGUCCAAGAACGUCAACCAGUCUCAGAUGGCCAAACUCAACCAGCAGAUGGCCAAGAUGAUGGAUCCGCGGGUCCUGCACCACAUGGGUGGAAUGGCCGGACUCCAGUCCAUGAUGCGGCAGUUCCAGCAGGGCGCUGCUGGCAACAUGAAAGGCAUGAUGGGCUUCAACAACAUGUGACCUGACCGACCCCCUUCUACGGCCUUCGAACAGUUGAGCUGAGGACUGGGCUUGUGGGUGGAGAGCACCUAUGGUCUGCUGCUCUGUUUCACCCAACAUUGUAGAUCGCUAAGAAAGUACAAAAGAUAUAAAGAAACCGUCUGAGGAGUUUAUGUGAUGAGGAGCCAUGAAGAGUCUUGAGGCGGCAGAUCUUUUCUAAUUUAACUUGUCUAUGUAAAGGAUAUAAGAAGCUGCUGCACUAAAGUGAUGACAUCUGGUUUUCAGUGACAGUAUUUUUGUCCUAAUAAACGUUUUUAUUCCACA